GUCUGCGCGAGCGAAGCUGCUUUGGAUCAGCUGUUGUCUUCGUAGCUGGUCGGUGCGCGCGCUCAGAACCGCUUGAAAUUUCGGUGCAUCACCAUGGCGGCAAUCAAAUCUGUCAUCGUUCUUGCGCCGAACGGCCGCCGGCAAAAUGUAAAGGUUACGCUCAACACGACGAUCUUGCAGGUUUUGGAAGAGGUGUGCCGGAAGCAGGGCUACAAUGUCGACGAUUAUGACAUAAAACACGUUCAUCGAAUAUUAGAUCUUAACACGUCGUUCCGCUUUACUGGUCUACCGAAUAAUGCUCAGCUGGAAAUGGUGGCUUGCACGAAGGUGCGCUCCAUGUCGAACGUUACAAUUGGUAUACAGCCGGAGGACGGAGAAAGAGUAACGCGCGAGUUCUCGCCUAAUACAACGUUAGCUCAAGCACUGACAGACAUAUACCCCGAUUCGGACCUCGAGAGAGUCGUGUUGAUCUAUAUGCAUAAUGAGGUGUGCGGAAGAGAAGCGUUGGAGAAAACGACGUUGAGGUCGCUAGGCCUAAACAGUGGAAGGGCGAUAUUGCGAUUAAUGUAUCGCGAUCCCAAGCAAUUGAAGACUCAGGCACAUGUGUCGGCGCCUUUGCUUCCCAAGCCAGUCACGGCAGUGGAUAACUCGUCGAGUAAUAGAAAUUCCCAAAGAGUGCCUUCGCCCACACCACAUUGUAGUAAGACAAUGGACGGUGUGAUUUUACCGACGGAAAUGGCCGACAUACAGAACAAACCAGGAGGUAAGAUGAGUGUAAACAUAGAUGAGGUGAAAAUGGAUGCAACGGAUGAAACAAAAUUGGACGCAAAUGCGGACGAGGAGAAGAUGGAUGUAGAAAUCGAACGGGUGGACACGAGGAAUGAGGGGAGAAGCAAAGAGAUGGAUACAUCGACGAUAGAAGAAACUCAUUCUGCGUCCAGUGUGAGGGAACACGGCACUGAUGAGAGAGAUCCAGUCACAGAGGCGUGCAAGAAAGAUCAGGAAGAUACAUACAAAAUUGAGUUUUUAGGGGAGAGAAAUGCUCUAGUGUUCAAUCAAGCCGGAACUCAAGCAUUGCCGAGGGACGAAUUGCCGGACAGCUUCUUCGAGCUUAACUUGCACGACGCGAGGACUCUUUUGCGAGACGCCAAGCGUCGCAGAGAGGAACUCGAAUCCGCCCCGCUGCUGACAGAGGCGCAACGCCAGUUGGACCGAGACAAACGGACUUUGGACCAACUGAACAAGUAUCGGCGUACCGUUAUUCGCAUACAAUUUCCCGAUCAGUUCGUUCUUCAGGGAUUGUUCGGGCCACUGGAGAGCGUUCAAACUGUCAAGGAUUUUAUCACGAAUUACUUGGAUGAUCCGAGCUGCGCGUUCACAAUCUACACCGCACCACCAAAGCACAUUCUAAACCCUGAAGCGCGACUGAUAGAUGAGAACUUGAUUCCUUCCGCUGUCGUUUAUUACUCCGGACAAUCGUCGCUCAGGCCGAGUGUAAAAGCAAAAUUAACGGAUCCAAGAGCCGCUGGUAUCGAAGCUGUGAGAUCUAGAACCGACACGAUGCGGGAAGAACAAAACCCGACGACUAGAAACGAAGGAGCUGUUGAGAACGAAAGCGACGGCGUUACCGCGGGACCGAGUGGUGAAUCGUCGGCACAGAAUGAAAACAAAAUACCAAAAUGGUUCAAACAAUUGCGAAAUUCCAAGAACGCGUAAUGGUGAAUCGUCAUCGUCGCCAGCACGGAAUGAAGAGGGGAAACCAAAGUGGUUCAAACUAUCGUCAAUCAAAUAAUCGAUCAUAUUGCCAAUAUCGCCACAGACGAUGAUUCCCCAAAUUGUAACAUACACGAUACGGGAUUUCUAUGCAAACUUGUACGCGCGCAGGCACGCAUGCAUGAUAGAUGUGUCGUCAUGCGCAUCCUCGACAAGUCUAAAAUAUACAAAUCUAUACACAACAAA